AUGCCAUCAGCUUCAGGGGUGCUAUCACCUUCAUCACUUGCAGGUUACAGUUCUCAACAAAAAAAUUAUGUAUCUCCACCUCCUCCAAUUCCCAAUAGUGACAGCUUUGAAACACUGAUGUUACAUAGGAGACAUUCACUUCCAGCAUAUUUACCAGAUUCUGCAAGUUUGUGGACACCAGUAAAGGACAAGUCUAACACACUACCACUGCCCAAGCGGAAGAUGAAAACCCUAAGCUGGACAAAGAUUCCAGUCUCUAUGAUAGGUGAAUCAGUAUGGACUGAAAUGCAGAGCGAAGCAAAGAGUCUUAGAGUUGAUUUCAAGCAAAUGGAAGAACUGUUCUGUCAGAAAACUGCUACUGUCCAACAUCGAAAGUCUUCUCCAGUAACACUUCCAGCACCAAUAACUCCCAAGAUCACUUUACUGGAAACCAAGAGAGAUCUGGCAGUAAACAUUUAUCUAAAACAGUUCAAAUUGGGAGGGAAAGCAGUCAUAGAAGGUAUAAAGAACCUUAAAGGAGGUGAUAUAGGUCCUGAGAAACUGAAAGCUCUCUUGCCACUACUUCCCACAGAAAAAGAGCUGACUUCAGUCAGAUCCUAUUCUGGAGAUCUGGAUCGUUUAGGAGAAGCAGAGAAAUUUUAUCUUCAGCUAUCAGAAGUACCUUCCUUUGUCCUCAGGAUUAGGGCAAUGUUGCUUAAAGAAGAGUUUCCUUUAAGAACAUCUGAACUGAGAGAACAACUAAAUGCCGUUGCAGAUGCAUGCAAUAAGCUGAAGGCUAAUAAACGUUUGAAAGAAUUUCUAGCACUAGUACUUCAACUUGGAAACUACAUAAAUGCUGGAAGCUAUGCGGGCAAUGCAGCAGGCUUUACACUCAGUACACUACCAAAGCUCCUAGAAAUAAAAGCAAACAAACCAAGGCUGACAUUCUUGCACUAUGUGGUAGAAGUUGCAGAAGCUAACAAUAAGGAAAUGUUACAAUUCACAGAAGAUAUGAGUAACAUGAAAGAAAUGGCAAGGAUAUCAGUGGAGCUGCUCCAGGAAGAAGUGAUGAAACUUAUUAGUGAUGUCAAACAUGUUGCAUCACAGCUGAAGGAAGAUACAAGUGGAAUCAGGGUGCAGUUCAAAGAUUUCUUUAAGGCUGCUUUGAAAUGCAGUAAUGAACUUCAGCAGGCUAUGAAUAAGGUGAAGGCUUGUACUCAUGCUUUAGCCAAACAUUUCUGUGAAGAUCCCAAGAAAUUCAAGCCAGAGGAAUGUUUUCAUUUGUUUGCUGAGUUUUUUACCAUAAUUCAGAGAGUUCGACUGGAAAAUGAAGAGAAAAGGAAAUCAGAACAACAGCAAAUUCAAGAGCAGAUGGAAACAAACAAAGUAACUGCAAACGGAGGUAGAGGCAGAAAAAAGUUUUUACCGCAUCGACAAUAUACUGCAGCUAAACAGAUUUUAAGGGAUAUUUGCAGUAAAAAUUUCAAAUUACGUCGAACUGAAGCUCAGGUAAUUUUCAAAGAAAUUCAUCACAUCCUUUCUUUCCCAGCAUUGUACACAACUCUCAUGCAAACCAUUAAUGCAAGCCAAUCAAAAGUAGUGAACUAUAAAAGAUAG